AUGACUCGCGCACUUCGCAUCGCCGUUUUGGAAUGCGACACACCCAUUCCACCCGUGACGGAGCGACUCGGCGGCUAUGGAGAGAUCUUUGAGCGCUUGCUGAAGAAGGGACUAGAGGCAUCCCCGGAUUCAGGGGUGGAGUUGGCGGAGAUCAGCAAGUGGCAUGUCGUGGAUAAUCCAGUGUAUCCUGAUCCGAACAAGUACGAUGCUUUUCUUCUGUCUGGCAGUAAACAUGAUUCUUUUUCCGAUGAUCCCUGGAUCCUCAGUCUGACAGAGUAUGUCCGGGGGGUUCUUGAGCAACAUAAGAAGCCCGUGGUGGGAAUCUGCUUCGGUCAUCAGAUCAUUGCCCGGGCUCUGGGUGCUCGUGUCGGCCGUGGUGAUCAUGGCUGGGAGAUCUCGGUGGACGAGAUCAACUUGACCGAUACGGGAAAGCGCAUCUUUGGGAAAGACAAGCUGUAUCUUCAGCAAAUGCAUCGGGAUGUCGUUCACGAAGUCCCCAAGGGAUGUGUGAACCUGGGAUCUAGUCCACGAUGCGAGAUCCAGGGUCUGUAUCAGCCCCAGAGAAUCUGGAGUGUACAGGCGCAUCCCGAAUUUACCGAGUUCAUCAUGUCGCAGGUGCUGCAGGCCCGGCAUCAGAGCGGCGUUUUCAACGAUGAGCUUUAUCAGGACGGAGCCUCUCGGGCGGGCAAGCAUCAUGAUGGAGAGUUUUUGGCGACUGAAAUUAUCAAGUUCCUUGCCGAGGCCACCUCAUAG